UCGGAAGCUCUAAACAAACGUUCCGCCUUCGCAGGCCUCGCAAAUCAAGCAGCUUUUUCCACCGUCUCCCUCUCCUUCUCAGAAAUCAUCAACUCGCAAAACAAGCAGCUUUACCUAGUCAAAUCAUUUCGAUCAAACUCUUCCCAUCUCUCCGGGUUUAGGGUUAUUAGGUAUUUUUUUCCAAAGCUAUGGAGAAAGAGCUUGUGGAGCUGUUUGAAGCCGCCAAGAAGGCAGCGGACGCGGCGGCCGUUGACGGAACAUCGUCGAGUGGGCCCGAGGUUUCGCGAUCUGUCGAUGCGUUGAAGCAGCUUAAGAGCUUUCCUGUCACGUAUGACAUCCUUGUCUCCACUCAGGUUGGGAAACGUCUUCGACCUCUCACGAAACAUCCUAGGGAGAAAAUACAGAAUGUGGCUUCUGACUUGCUUGAGAUUUGGAAGAAAAUAGUCAUAGAAGAGACAACCAGAAAUAAUAAAAACGGUAGCACUGAAGUGAAAGUUGAGAAAGUUCAGAAGGCUGUAAAGGUUGAAAAGUCUUCUACAAAAGAAACUGUCAAGUUUGAGAGAUCUGGCACUUUUUCUAGGUCAGAUACUGUCCGGGUGGAAAAAAGGGAAGUAAAUGGGAAUGCUGAGCCUGUCAAGGUUGAAAAGAUAAUUAAAGAGGAGAAGCCAGUUUCCAGUGUUAAGAAGCCGACACAGACACCCAUUGGGACCCCAAAGCUGACAGAAUUGGUUAGAUGUAAUGAUUCAUUGCGUGACAAAAUUCGGGAGCUUCUUGUGGAGGCCUUGUCCAAAGUUGCUGGUGAGGCUGACGAGGAAGAUGUGCAUGCAGUAAAUGCAUGUGAUCCAAUCCGGGUUGCUGUAUCUGUUGAAUCUGUAAUGUUUGAAAAAUUAGGCCGGUCUAAUGGUGCCCAGAAACUGAAGUACAGAUCUAUUAUGUUCAACAUCAAGGAUCCAAAAAACCCUGAUUUGAGGAGGAAGGUUCUUCUUGGAGAGGUCAAGCCAGAGAGGCUUGUCACAAUGUCCCCAGAAGAAAUGGCCAGUGAUGCUAGGCAACAGGAAAUUAACCAAAUUAAAGAGAAAGCUUUGUUUGACUGCGAACGCGGUGGUGCACCAAAGGCCACAACUGAUCAGUUUAAGUGUGGUCGUUGUGGUCAACGCAAGUGCACUUACUAUCAAAUGCAGACUAGGAGUGCAGAUGAACCUAUGACAACCUAUGUAACAUGCGUAAACUGCAACAAUCAUUGGAAGUUCUGCUAAUUAGAUUUCCCUUAUAUCUGCCAUUCUUGCAGGGAAGAAAUUGAGCAGAUCACCCGGGAAACUUGAUCCCCCGUAACGAACCAUCAAUCUAAGUCUGGUCUUUUAAGGUCUAGAGGACAAUGCUUUUAUUGAUUUUUUUUUUCUUCUUUAGGUCAAUCUUUCAUUUAGGGGUAGCUGGGCUCUUUAGUGGUGUUUCUGAUUUGUAUUCUCUGAAAAUCCCAAUAAAGUCGGAUAUGCCUCAUUUCUGGUUCCUCCUCUCCCAGCAGUCAGUAGUAGUUCUUUUAGCUUUUUCUUUCAGUUUAGCUUUAAUUUAAUGUAUUUCUCCUGAAAUCCAUCAAAUUUGUUUCAAUCACAAGAUGCAUGACCUAGUGGUGUGCUGUGUGUUUCCUAAAUGUAUACUUGAGUUAAGUUUCUCUUCUGUGCUGGAAAAGAAGAUUAUAUAAUUGCAAUUUUCUGCUUUGUGCUGCUUUUCUUAAA